AUGUUUGUACAGAGUAUUCGUAGUUGCUUAGAGAUGAGCAGUCGCAGCCCCAAAGGGCGGAGCAGACACAGGGUUCUGCUGAGCAGCAGCAGCAGCCGCUGCAGCUGCCGCAGCAGCAGCUGCUGCUGCUGCUCCCCGCUGCGUCAGGCGCCUCCGCAGCAGGCGGAAUCUGCUGCUCUGCUGCAGAAGCUUUAUAUUCACUUGCUGCGCCGCGUGGGGCGCUGCGUGCUGCAGCAGCAGGCAGGAAGCCUCGUUGUGGCUGUGUGUCUUGUUGUGUUGCUGCUGGUUGUUCAGGGCCGCCCUUUGCACUUCAGUACGCAGUGGGAGCUGCAGCAGCAGCAGCAAGGUCGACAGGAACGACGACGGCAGCAGCAGCAGCAGCAGCAGCAGUAG